AUGUAUCCCUCAUCGGAUAUUAAAGAUGCCACAGCUAAGGCUCUCGUAGAAUUUUUCCCUUGCCUUGCACUGAUCAGGCCUGGAGUGUCUUCUCACUGCCACUUUUAUAACAACAAAACUGGAGGUUUCUUUGACAAUCGACUAAAAACAAUGCGAAAGAGUAUGUCGCCGUCAAAAAGAAAACGAAAACCAAGCAAGAGCCAGAAAAAUACGAGAGCCGUGAACAGCAACCAGCAGCGAAAUUUACUCGUGGAGGAAGAUACUCUUAUCAAGAUUCGCUGGCUCCAAACGCAUCCCGCAAUCCCGCAAAACAGAGGAACGAUAACACAGUAUAUGUCGGACACGUUUGCUGCACGUCAGGCUAUGAUCGAAAGCGAAUUGACAACUUUUACUCUUAUUGUGGAGAAAUUCCCCCGUUUUGUUGACUUCAACAACGGAGCUCUGAUAUUCACCGAUUUUGCAACCACUUAUCCAAUGGUACAAAGCUUCGAAGAAAACUUCGUCGUGAAACUAGGAAACAAAAUUGAACGUUUAGCAAGACGUGACAAAGUUGAGCUCCCAGUUGAAACUUCAGAUCGUUGCCUCAAUUUGCUGAUGAUGGCCUUCCUUCUUUUCCCCGCAAUAAAAAAAAUAAAGCGAGAAUCCCUUACAAACCUGAUGGGCAGAUUUCUUUAUUUUGAAAAGAACAAUUUUGACGUGGAAGAAUUUGCUAAGUUCCGUGAGGAACGCUUAUCGCAGCCAUUUUUGCUAUGUCUGUUGUCCAGGUCCGAUGACGUUCCGUUGUCAUUUUUUUAA